CCUAUACAAAGACUCCAAUGGUUAUGCAAUGAUGGGGAUAGAGUCACACGCGAGCGUUGUGACGUCCGUAUGCUGGUCUCGGCUCUAGAGGCUAGGCACUCUGAUGCUGUUGCUACUCCUUUACCACCCUUGUUGCUGUGUACAGUGCCUAUGACACCAGCUUGUGAGAUGCGAGUGUUCAUACCGCGUCAAGGGGAAGGAGAGCCAAUCCGUCUGAAGUCGUUGUACCCGAGGAGGGUUGCUGGUACUGGCCCUGUAGAGUUACGAAUGAGCACCUCAUAUCUACCCGAAGGGCAUGUCUAUUCGGUGGUAUUCACCAGUCAAUGGGACUCGGGACAAACGUUUACCGCUGAUUGUGCUGUAAAUACAGACCGUAUGGGAGUAGUCCUGAUGGCGCCCUCAGAGCUCCUUCAUACUGCAUGGUUCCAAUACGGUAACGAUCUAUAUGAUGUUCAUCUUGUUAUCGACCGAAAGUAUCGCUCUGAAAAUCGUCGUGCCCUCACGGUCCAGUCUCCGAGUGAGAUAGGAAGCUCCUCUAGUGGCACUGAGGGCUCCCUCAGCUUUGAAGUGUUUGAUAUGGAGAGAGGCAGCAAUGAUAUAGACGGCACGUCUCCUUAUCGUAACACGCCAACAAACUGGACUCCUUUAUCUGAGUGAAGAAACAAGUCUUCUAUCGCAGUACCUAUCUUGAUCGAUUCCUCUUGUGUCUCUCCUCGUUGCUUUCCGGGUAUAUUAUCAUUAUUAUUUUUAUUAUUAUGAUUGUCAUAAUUCAACGAGGAGGUUCAGUCAGCAUAUUGAAGCCAGUGGAGUUUAGUAGUGUGUAGUCCGUGUAGCAUUGUCUAUGGUGCUUGUAUGCAUCUACUACUAUUCUGCUACUACUA